UUGGUGCCCCCUUGCUAGGUACUUCUGUCUGUGUAGCUACUGCAAAUAGCUAGCUACAAGAAAACCUACAAAUAAAAUUAUCAUGGGAGAAAUGGCCGAAUUCAACGACAAAUUUCGUUCUUUUUCUAUGACACAGUUAAACGAAUUGCUUGAGGAUGACGAGAAGCUUAACAGUAUCGUGAAAGAAAUGGAUGAGAUGCUACAGGUUCAGCAGGUGAAGGAGGUCACUCUGGCCAGUAACAGGAGUCUAGCAGAACAGAACCUACACCUGCAGCCCAGUCUGGAGAACCAGAAGAACCACCUGACCAAACUCUACCGCCACCUACAGGACCUCUACGACAACUACCAGCUACGCAAGUCCACACUAGACCACAACUCAGGAAACAGUUCUCUGGACAUACAUCUGGCGUUACUGCAGGCGGAAGGAGCCAAGAUUGAGGAAGAGACUGAGAACAUGGCAGACGCCUUUCUGGACGGAGAUGUCUCUCUGGACUGCUUUAUCGAAGAUUACCAGAGGAGGCGCUAUCUAGCCCACCUCCGCCGGGUCAAAAUCGACAAACUCAGAGAGCAUGUGCUGAAAGGCCUCAGCCGACUCCCCCAGAGCAGCACCUCCACCAACAUCCCAUCGCUGUCCACCCGACCCCCGGACCUUCCCACCUCUCCAUCUGCCUACACCAACGGCUCGCCUUCGCCCCUCUACACACAGGCUGCUCCACACCCACCUCACCUCUUCCCCGGCCUGGCUUCCACAGGCUACCCUUACAUGCAGCAGCCCUACACCCCAGCAGUCUCACAGCAUCCCUCCCCGUCUGUGCACCUGCCCCCCCGAACUGGCUUCAUAAUGCAAUGAGGAGGGGGGGGGGGAUUCAGGGAACGGUGACUAACUUUCUACUUAGAAGACACAGGAUGAGGCUUCGACCCAUAGAUUCCUUGCUGGCGUCAAAAUACAUGGAUAUCUAAGCUGAGCGGUGCCCUGAGAACUCACUCUAACCUAAUUUAUCUGUAUUGUGAACGAGGGGUUCACAAUUUUGUAUGUAUGCUUUCUGGAGACUAUUUAUUAUUUAUACAGGAACACCCAAUGCUGUCUCCUUUAUAAUGUACAUAAGGUAACUGGUGGUAACUUGCAGGA